AUGUUUUUUGUGAUUCUCGUAUGCGCUAUAAUUCUAAUUGCAUUAUUCUUCAAGAGCACGGAAAGCACUUUCAAUUUGUGGUUUUGGUCGAAACUUGGACCAAAUGAAGAAGGAUAUUUCCGCGGUAAAACCAUAUGGAUUGUCGGUUGUAGUAGCGGUAUUGGCGCUGAAAUGGCUCUACGAUUGGCACAACUUGAAUGUCGUAUAAUUUUAUCCGCUCGAAGAAAAGAGAAAUUGGAAGAGUUAAAAGCGAAAUGUGAUGAGAAGUUGUCAACAAGAUCAUCAGUGGUUUUACCUCUUGACGUCACCGAUUUCAGCCAAGUUUCUGAAUGUUGUAAAAAAGUGAAGACGUUGUUUGGUGGAAAAAUUGAUGUAAUUAUCCUGUGUAGCGGUCAAUCUCAACGUGCUGAAUGGAUUUAUGUGGAUCACAAAGUUGAUGAGGCCUGUUUUCGAGUUAACGCUUUGGGACCCACUGUACUCGCUAGGGAGUACAUGAAAACUUUGGAACCCGACAAGAACGGUGUUCUACCUUUCACUCAUUUCGUCGUUGUGAGCAGUGUGGCUGGAGUUAUAGGGGCUAUACUAUCGCCGUCAUACACGGCCGCAAAGCACGCGUUAAUGGGAUAUUUCCGUGUCUUAGCCAUGGAAUACUCUUCGAAAGGUAUUGAAGUAUCUUUGGUGUGUCCCUCGUUGACAUUCGCCCCAAAUAAUCUUCUCAACGCGUUUUCUGGUGAUAUUAACAAGCCAAACGGUGAAGUACUGGCGGAGGCUACACCAGCUCACAUGUCACCAGCUCGUUGUGCACAGCUAAUUCUGUUAGCCGCCUCGAAUAGGAUAGCCGAAUGUUGGUUGAGCCAGAAAGCAUCCUUGUUGAUAUUGUGCUACUGUAGCCUCUUGAUGCCGGGUAUCACCAACAGGAUAGUUCAGUCUAUAGGAGUGGAACGGCUCAAAAAUAUCCGAACUGGCGGAGUGAACAAAUAA